CUCUUCCUUUGUACACACACACACUAAUCCUCAUCUGUUAGAAGACAGGACGUUCACCUCCAGUGUGAUGGCUGACAAGGAGCUCGCCAGAGUGAGAGGGAGAUUUGUGGAAAAAGUCUCCAAAGCUUUAAUCAAGCAGCUGCUGGAUGACCUGCUGGAGGACCGCUUGUUGAACGAUGGGGAGACCGACUCUGUGCUGGAGGACAACACGGGGAAAGCGGACAUGGCCCGCUGCCUCAUCGACAUGGUGAGGAGGAAAGGGGACAGAGCCAGCAGGAAGAUGAUCCAACACCUUGAGAACAGAGACCCUACACUUCACUCCGAACUCGGCCUCACCUGUAAGCCAACGCCAGUUCCAGCUCCUCAGAACCAGCACGCCUGGUCAAACUCCCUCGUCACCACGACCGACUCCUUCUGGAACGAGAAACGGAAAUCCAAAGAUGUUUACGCCGUGUCAGAUGAGUCCCUCAGAAGUCGCGUGGCCCUUUUAAUCACUAACAGAAACUUUGCUAAUGAGAGAUUAACCAGAAAGGGAGCCGAGAAAGACGAGGAGAACAUGGAGAAACUGCUGAGAUCCCUGGGAUAUGAGGUGGUGAAGCACAACGACCUCACUGCACAGAGGAUGAAUGAGGUUCUGCACACUUUCGCAGAGCAUCCGAAGCUGAGGGACACCGACAGCGUGUUUGUGGUGAUCAUGUCUCAUGGGAAACGCGAAUGUGUCUUUGGGGUCAACCACAGCGAGGAAAAUAAAGAUGAAUUCCCCGUCGACAACAUCUACAGACACCUGGGUCCCCAGGAAUGCCCUGCCUUGAUGAACAAACCCAAGAUCAUCAUCAUCCAGGCCUGCAGAGGAGAGACGGGUGGAUCCGUGUUAGUCAGUGACAGCGCUUCGGCUAAGGUGGUCUCUGAUGAUGUGUCGCAGCAACUUCCUGCUAAUGGAGGCGGCAAGAUUGUUGACGAUGCUAUCCGAUACGUCCACAAAGAAAAGGACUUCAUCUCCCUCCUGUCCAGCACUCCGGACACCGUCUCCUACAGAAGAGAGGAUCUGGGCUCCUUCCUGAUUCAGUACAUCGCUGAGGUCUUCAACACCUGCUCCCACGAGGACGACAUCGACGAGCUUUUCAGGAAGGUCAUGCAGCGCUUUGAGGAGUUUCCUGAUAACACCAAAAGACAAAUGCCAACAAAAGACAGAUGCACUCUAACGAAGCGCUUCUACCUUUUUCCAGGCCACUGAGACAGCCAACGUUUGGUAAAUCUGUGAAGCUAACAUUAAUUAGCAUUAACAUUUACUGUUUGAUAAACCACUGUGACAUUGAAUUGUGCCAUUAAAAUGCUCCUUAUGUGUAUCUUUAUAUAAAAUUCUACAUAUACGCAUACCAAGAUGUCGGGCUUUUAAUCUUGUUUAUUCUUUUAAUUAUUUUUUUAGACUGUGAGUGAUUGGAUUAUUUUACUAAGGAGUGCAUAUUUACUUUAAUUGGAUUCAGUUUCAUUAACUUUGGACUAUUUCUUUAUACUGUGCUU